AUGAAACUUCGAGUAGACAUGAAAAUAGCCAUUCGUCAGAUGGACCCGAUUUCAAUAUGCGGCGGCGGCGGCGGCGGGAGAGGAAGCAGAUUGUAUUAUGUCAUGAUCGUAGCUGUUCCAAAGCUGUUGUUGUGUCUUUUACCUGCGCUUUUAAGCUUUAGUGAUGUGUGCCUAAAGGAAAGUGUUGUGGGGUGCAACUACGGUUUAAACCAUUUACCCAAAAGAAAAAUGUGUACAAUCAUCAGUUACCAAAGGACAGAAUUAGGUCUUCAGUGCGGAAAUCGAGUUCGGAAGGACAAAUAUUUCCCACUUCGUGGUGCAACAAUAUCCGUCUCUGAAAGUUUCCAAAUGGAAUUCAAGAGCAGUACGUCAUCCUCAGGAUCGUCGGCAGAUGUACAUAAUUAUGGUACAAAAGAGUGUUCUGUUCAUUUAACCGAUGUUAUAAAAAGCAAGAAAUCUGUGAAGUACUGUCUAUCAUCAGAUGAAGCUUCCGACAAAGAUGAUCCAUAUGCAGAUCCAGAAUUUACAGAUGACGAAUAUAUACCAGAUGAAUCUACGCCUAGUACAGGACGGACAAUAACUCCAAUAUCGUUUGAGCCUCUUUGUACCAGAGUAAACAAACAAACAGUUAGGCGCAGAUUAUUUACCAAAGAAGAUAAAACAUGUUUAGACAGCGGAUUUGUUGGAGAACGACCACAGAUGAACCGAAUUAAAAAAGCUUGCAGUAAGAUAAAAAUUUAUAACUCUGGUAAAGUUAUUCUGGAAACUAUAGAAACAUUUCAUGAGGGACAGUAUCAUGUCGGUAUGUUCAGUGCUGCUUUGUCUCAUUCCGAUGAAAGAUACCUGAGUUGCCACGUUUUCGACCAAAGUAUUAAUCACGAUUGUAAAUUAUCAACCCAUGGAAAGAAUAUUGGUUUCUUAUAUAGACAAGAAAAAAGUUUAAUGUGCCACAUACUAUGUUGCAUUCCACCAAAUGUAGUAUUAGAAGGUACAGAAAUAAAAGCGGAUCAUAUAAAUCAAAAUAUAACGUCUCUUAUAAUGCAGCCUAUAGAUUCUGAACUGAAAUCUUCUACAAAAUUGAAAGGGCACUAUUGUUUCUACUGUGGUAAACUAAGAACCUGUAUGGGUCGCCAUUUGCAAAAGGUCCAUGCAAAAGAAACUGAAGUAAAAAACAUGUGCUUCAAACCAACAAAAGAGAAAAACAAACUUUUACGUCAACUUCGGUUGAAAGGUGAUCAAAAGUACAAUUUGCAAGUAAAUUUACAUCAAAGAAUCCCUGUAAGAAAACCAAUAAAACAAAAGUUAUCUGAAAGUAUUCACUGCCCCACUUGUUCUGGCUUGUUUGCAAAACGAAAUUUUGCUAAACAUGAAUUAAAAUGUUCAAAAAGAGCCCCAGACAGAAGACGUAGGCGUCAAAAUGCUUUAAUUUUAGAUCAGAGACAAAUUUCAAAAAGUUUAGAAGAAAAACUUCAUAUAAAACUCGUAAGCAACAUGCUAAACGACGAAAUUGGUGUAGUAGCAAAAAAUGAUCAGACAAUACUUUUGCUUGGAAUACAUUUAUGCAAGCUAAAUUCAGAACAACGUUUUAUGGAUAAUACUAGGUCACAGAUGAGACGAUGUGCAAGAUUGUUGUUGAUUAUUAAACAGCUGGAUCCAUCAAUCACUUCGUUCGCUGAAUGUUUUAUGCCAUCUAAAUACAAAUUAAUAAUGCAGGCUAUACGUAAUCUUACAGGUUCUAGAGAUGAAGAGGUUAUCACCGCUCCAUCUCUUGCUUUACAGUUUGGCCCUUUAUUGACGACAAUUGCCUCUCGUUUAAAGAUUCAGCUUCUUGAAAAUAAUGUAGCUGAGGAAGAUCCACGUAUGGUAACGCUUAGAAAUUUUGAAUUCUUACAUAAACAAGAAUUUAAAAAUGAAAUUACUAAAACAGCUUUGAAAACGGCGAACAUUAAGAAAGUUAAAACCGCAAAGGAAAUACCAAGUCAGGAAGAUGUAAAAAUCUUUAAUGAAUACCUUAAAAAGAUUUUGCUCCAAAGUACAGAACAACUUAAAAGUGAAAAUUUUGACAUUAGAUCAUGGAAGACAUUGGGUGAAUGUAUACUAUGCCAAAUAAUGAUAUAUAAUCGUAGACGACCAGGAGAAAGUUCUCGUAUGCUUUUAGAAGACUACAAAACAAGAAAACAACUCCAACAGGAAAAUUACAAACAUCUUAAUCGCCUGCAACGUAUAUUAGCUGAGAAAUUUUCAUUUAUGUUCAUCUUGGGUAAACGGCACAGGCCUCUUAACCUGCUACUGAAAUCAGAACAUAUAGAGGCCCUCGAUUUUUAUUUAUCAUUUCGAGAACAAGCACAAAUUCAAGAGAGUAAUGUAUUUCUCUUUGCAUUCAAUAAUAAUAAUGGUCACCUCUCAGCGUCAGUGGCACUUCGAAAAUUUGUUCAUAACGCUAACCUUAAAGCACCCAGGUCAUUCACUGGUACUUACUUACGGAAACAAGUGGCUACACAAGCACAGAUCUUGGAUUUAUCCCACAAUGAAAUGCAGCACGUCGCAGAUUACAUGGGACAUGAUUUAAAUGUACAUUUGUCCAAUUAUAGACUGAAUGAUGCUUCAGUUAACAUUUUUACUUUAUCACGGUUUUUGAGUGUCAUUGAUGGAGACGAUGAUAUUGAGAAAUAUCGAGGAAAAAGAUUAGAAGAUUUAGAACCGUUUAUUCCUGAUGAAGACUAUGACAUUGAGGAUACGAAUCCUGAUGAACCAAGCACUGAAAAAAGAAGCGCUCCUGUUAAUACACCUCAGAAGAAACGAAAAAGUCCUGCAAAACUACAAAGUCCGUCGCCGUCGUCCCGAAAUCCUACGACUCAAGAAAUUGAAGGUCGCCUAAAAAAUCCCUCAUUGCGUUUGUAUCGGAGUCCAUUAUGUAAAAGGGGAAGAAAAUUAAAGUGGACAGUAGCAGAAUUAGACGUAAUGCACACAGAAUUUAAAUACAAUUUACAAGAAAAAAAACUGCCGAAACUUUCGCUUUGUCGGGUGAUCCAAAGAAAAUAUUCGCAUAUAUUUCAAAAGGAGCGGUCUGUCGGCUCUAUAUAUACAACAUACACACAACAUGCCAUCAUUAAAUCUACAGUCCUUUGUGCAGAAUUACCCAAUCUCAACAUGUUAUACAUAGGUGAGAAUCGUAGAAAAUCGGUUCGAGGUGUGGACAUGUAG